AUGGUGAAGAGAUUAAGUGGUUUACAAAGAGAAGUACUGCACCUCUAUAGAACUAGCAUCAGAAUUGCAUAUUCAAAACCCGUUGAUAAUAGGCCCCGAUUCUUCAGUUUCAUUCAUGAAGAGUUCGGUAAGUACAAAGAUCUUUCAAGAAAGGAUUUCACUACAAUUGAGCAUUUAUUGAGGGUAGGAAAGAAAAAGGUUGAAAUGUAUUCAAAACCAGAGCUUAAAAAUAUACACUGA